AUGCCUUCAGCACUGGAUAUUGGUCCAUUCAGCCAACCGGAAUGGAGUGACUCUAGUGAUUCCUCUGAUCCUGCGCCUUUACCUCAGCUUGGAUAUUUUGUACCUCUACGAUCCAGGUGUAGAUGUGACAGAUCGACGCAUCACGUGUGUAGGAGAAGCAAAAGAGAAUCUCCCCGGUCCCGUCGAUCUGUAUCGCAAUGCUCCUGCAACAGUAUAUCGAGACGGUCCUCGGCAGCGGCGUCCCCCAUGCCGCUGCCAACACUUAACAACACCAUGGAAAUGUACGUCGAACCAGUGGUGGAAGAUGUGAGUAUGCCAUAUUUUUAUUUG